UUCCACCUCCCCCUCCAAACCCUCAUAGCCCGUCCCCAUCGGCCCCCGUCCUCGGCAAACCCAUGGAGGACGUCAAGUCCACCUACACCAUGGGGAAAGAGCUCGGCCGAGGCCAAUUUGGCGUCACCCACCUCUGCACCCUCAAGUCCACCGGCCAGCAGUUCGCCUGCAAGACCCUCUCCAAGCGCAAACUCCACAACAAGGAGGACAUCGAGGAUGUUCGGAGGGAAGUCCAGAUUAUGUACCAUUUGGCUGGCCAGCCUAACAUUGUUGAACUUAAGGAGGUUUUCGAGGAUAAGCACUCCGUGCACCUUGUCAUGGAGCUUUGUGCUGGAGGGGAGUUGUUUGAUAGGAUUAUAUCCAAGGGGCAGUACACUGAGAGGGCGGCUGCGUCGCUGCUAAGGACUAUCGUGCAGAUCGUCCACACGUGUCAUUCGAUGGGGGUUAUUCAUAGGGAUCUUAAGCCUGAGAAUUUCUUGUUGUUGAAUAAGGAGGAGGAUGCUCCUUUGAAAGCCACUGACUUUGGACUCUCUGUCUUCUUUAAACAAGGUGAGAUUUUCAGAGACAUCGUCGGCAGUGCCUAUUACAUUGCACCAGAAGUCCUAAAGAAAAAAUACGGGCCAGAAGUAGAUAUAUGGAGCAUAGGGGUGAUGCUAUAUAUUCUUCUAUGUGGAACUCCUCCCUUUUGGGCAGAGUCGGAGCAUGGAAUAUUCAAAGCAAUUCUCGAGGGACCAAUCGAUUUGAGUAGUGACCCAUGGCCACAUAUCUCAGAUGGUGCAAAGGACCUUGUCAAAAAGAUGCUAUGCAAAGAUCCUCAGAAAAGACUGACAGCUUUCCAAGUCCUCAAUCAUCCAUGGAUCAAAGAAGAUGGAGAAGCACCUGAUGUUCCUCUUGACAAUGCUGUCCUCGGCAAGCUCAAACAAUUCAGGGCAAUGAACCAGUUUAAGAAAGCUGCUUUGAGGGUGAUAGCAGGGUGCUUAUCAGAAGAAGAGAUUAGAGGUCUGAAGGAGAUGUUCAAGAGAAUGGACACUGAUAACAGUGGUACCAUAACCCUUGAGGAGCUCAAGCAAGGUCUUCUUUCAGAGCAGGGAACCAAGCUAUCCGAGGCGGAAGUUAAACAACUUAUGGAAGCUGCUGAUGCUGAUGGUAACGGGACUAUAGACUAUGAUGAGUUCAUUACUGCAACUAUGCAGCUGAACAGAAUGGACAAAGAAGAGCAUUUAUAUACGGCAUUCCAAUUUUUCGACAAGGAUAACAGCGGCUUUAUUACAAGAGAGGAGCUUGAGCAAGCACUUAAGGAGAAGGGCUUGUAUAAUGGGAAAGAAAUCAAGGACAUCAUCGAUGAUGCUGAUGCUGACAACGAUGGAAAUAUUGACUAUCAAGAAUUUGUGGCGAUGAUGAACAAAGGAAACCCUGAUGCGAACCCGAAGAAGAGGAGGGACCUAGAGUUUUAAAUUCCUGGCGUUUGGCAAUUUAUGAAUUUGUGAGGGUACAAUGAGAGGGGAGAGAUGGAAAAAUAGCGUAUGCUUGAAAUUUCUUUAACCUUAGCAUUUUGAUGUACAGUGUUCAUCGAAAUCUAUUGAUGAUUAUUUGGGGUGGUCU